GCAAAUUUCCUGCGACACCGGCUCGUGCCUCUUCGCGAGUCGCACGAAAACAUUGCCGAGUGCUGUUUGGGUUUGGGAGCUCAGAGACGAAACGUUUGUCGAAACAUUUAACACAACGAACGCCGCGGGGAAAUGACGGUGUGCAACUUUUUUCUUCAGGGCCGUUGUCGUUACGGCGAUAAAUGUUGGAAUGAGCACCCGAGGGGAGGAAGCAGAGGUGGAGGUGGAGGAUACAACAACAAUUACAGCCGCACUCCUGCUCAGCAGCAGACCAGAGGAGGAGGUGGAGGGUUUGGAAAUCGAGUUUGGGUGAAUCCUUCCCAGCAAAAAGGAGGGUAUAUCCAGCCUUCAUCAUUCUCCUCUCGUGGAAGUGAUGACUGGGGUCGAGGAGGAGGAGGUGGCGGAGGAGGAGGAGCUGACUGGGGUCGAGGAGGAGGAGGAGGGGGCGGUGGAGGAGGAGCUGACUGGGGUCGAGGAGGAGGAGGAGGAGGAGGAGGUGGCAGUGGAGGAGGAGCUGACUGGGGUCGAGGAGGAGGAGGAGGUGGCAGUGGAGGAGGAGCUGACUGGGGCCGCGAAGAGAAUGACUGGGGCCGAGGAGGUGGCGGGAGAAGAGAUAACGCGAAGGGCACCGCAUUCAGCUUCUCCUCUCAAAACAGAUUCUCAGCGCUUGGUACUCCCAGCACCUUUGACAGGGGAGGAAGAGGAGGAGGGCAGCAGGUCGCAGCUGGUGAUGACGACGACGACAAAAAACUGGAGAUCAUUCAGAUGGACAUGGACAGUUGGGAGAGUUCAGGGAUGUGGGGCUUCUCCUGUUACUCCAGCUUAAAGACAUCUUUAUCUGGUUUCACUGAUCUCUCUCCAGAAGAGCUCAGGCUGGAGUAUUACUCCACAAAAGCUUCAGGCGAUCUGCAGAGCUAUAUUAAUGGCAUCAAUCAGUUGCUCAACCAGUGGAGAAGCAGAGUCCAGGAAUUGAAGGUUAUGAGUCCAGCCACCCGUGCAGCUGUGCUCACAGAGUUAAACAGCCCAGCCCCUCAGGCACCUUCAAGUGACUUUGGUUCAGCGACAGCGACUGGAUUUGGUUCCUCUGCAUCCAGCUUUGAAAGCAAAGGCUUUGGGGCUCCAGCACCGGCCCAGGCUGGCACUUUCAGCUUUGCUGCUCCAAGUGGUGGAUUUGGCUCCUCAGCGCUGGCACCAUCAUCCUCCGCAGGUUUUGGCAGUGCCUCAGCAGCUCCUACACAACCUCCCUCUGGGUUUGGGUCCUCCUCUGCAGCAUCCUCUGCUCUUUCGGCUGCUUCUUUUUCCUUUGCCGCUCCGGCCACCAACACACCAGCGGCCACUUCAGGAUUUGGCCUUGCCUCUGGGUUCAGUUUCUCUUCGACAGCAAACACUGGAGGAGGAUUUGGGAGCAGUUUCGGGACUCAAGCACCUGCUACAGCAGGAAGCAGCAGUAGUUUUGGACAGACAACUGGAGGGUUUGGGACAACCGCUGCUCAACCUGCAGCAGGAGCCGGCGGGACAUCCAACAGUCUGUUUUCACCUGAGAGUAAACUGACUCCAGAGGAACUGAAUCAGUUCAAAGCUAAGAGGUUCACUCUAGGCCAGGUUCCUUUAAAGCCUCCCCCAGCUGAUAUGCUGGUGGUAUGAUGCUGUGGGAACAGUCCACAAGAUUCUUUUUUAAAUAAGAGAUAAUGUUUACAAAGUAAAGAUUUUCUUCUGCCUAGUGCUUAUGUUUAAACAAAAGUAAUUAUUCUCAGUUUUAAUAUAUGGCUAUUGUUCAAAUACUCCAGAUCCAUACUCAGUGGGAGACUCACCUUGGUUUCUUGUAAGAUUUUUGUGUAUAUGCAAAGUAUGCUUUAUGUACAGCUUUACAAUACACGUAUUUUUCAAUUAUA